AUGAAUGUGUUUAGUGAUUCUGUAAAAAUUGCGAAUCAAAUCCGCGGCAAAGAGAAUAUGUUCGGAUACAAAACCAUGUGUGCAGUUUUCGCGGUCACUUUUGAGUCUGUAUGUUACGUAUUAUAUGCUGAUAAGAAUGAUACACCUUUGCUGUUAUACGUCGUCCUCACAGUUGCGACAGUUGCGACAGCGCCUUUCGUUGGAAUGAUUCUCCAUCUGAGCAAUUUACUCGAUGCGAUUCAAGCUGCUGAUGAUAUCAUUGCAAAAAGAGAACGAAAUCCUCAUCAAAUAAAAAAAGUGAAAAACCACGAUUACUAUUUUUUAUACACACCGAAACUUGACGAAUACGGAUCUUUCGAGUUUUAUUUGAUUUACAACGGUAUUCUCGGUUUAUUUGGUACUUCUGUUUUCGUAAUUUGGCCUAUGAUACCGUUUCUAUUCAUCGUAUUCACUGUUAUAUGUCACGAUGAAAUUCAGCAAAUUAUAAUCGAUGUGAACUCGUUGGGCUCAAAUACUGACAUGACCAUGGAUAUGGAACUAUACAAAAAAAUUGAACCGGAAUUCAGAACUACUGUGGUAAAUUGCGUGCGCGACUUUCAACAUGUUCUGAAAAUGAUCGAAUGUUUUCGAGAUUCGUAUGAAACAAUUGCCACGACCAUGCUACCUGUUUUACUCUAUAUUGAGAUCAUACACGCAUUCUAUUUUAUAUCGCCAAACACUUCGAUCACGGUACACGUAAGAGAAGUAUCAAUGUUUCUUGCAGCAAUUCAGUUUGUGUAUGUGUUAUGUUGGACUGGACAAAUGCUGGAUGAAUUGACAUCGAUGUUAUCCUUUGCUGCAUAUUCUACGCCAUGGUAUUGGUCUACAUCCUUUCGUAAAGAUGUUAAUAUACUUAUUUGCCAAACCCAAAGACCAGUUUCGGCGACUGCACUUGCAACUUAUCCGCUUUCUUUGGCAACGUUCUUGCGUUUUAUGCACGUCAUACAAUCAUCUGUCAACGUAUUACGAAAGAUGACUUCAAAAUAA